AUGGUUUACAGUAAGCCCAAUACGUCUACUGGCGCCAUGAAGCGUUCAGCUUCGGCCCUUCACGAAGGUGCACCUGGGUGGGAUGUUGCUCCUCCCAUGAUGACCCCGGCGCGCCCCGCAUCCUUCCGCAUGCCCUACGCGCACUACGCUCUGAUCUAUCUGGAUAACGAGGGCAAGCUCAAGGUUGACGAGUCUGCUUCAAUCAAAGAGCAGAAAUCUACUAUUUUCACUCCAGAGGUUCGCCAGAACUUCCUUGAGAUUCUCGGGGAACGUAUUGGUUUCCAACAGCCUCUUCGCCGCACAUUGGAUGCUUCUCCUCGCCGUGUUCGCCGCCGUCGUGUUAAUGCUCCAGGAUCUGACGACCGUCUCGCAGAUGCUGGUUCGGACAGCGAUGACUGCUCUCCUAAUGGCUCCAACGAAAUGAUUCCCCUGCGCAUCGGAGACACUCCUAAGGUUUUGGCUUACUACGAAGGUGCCCUGAAGCACUUCCAGCAGCUCAACUGCCGCAUGGUCGCAAAGGCCUUUAUCAAGUUCAUCGAGCCCCGCAAGCAGGUUCGGCACCCGUACAAUGGUGGCAAGCCCCCAGCAGGCUCUGCUCCCGGUACUACUGGUGACCCUGAAAAGACCAAGCCCUUGUGGUGGCCCCCGGGUGUCAUGCACAAGGAGCCCGACCACCUGCGCAAAGAGUACCGCAUUGAGCUCCUCCUCCACAUCAUUCGCAAACUGGGCGAUCAUGGCAUUACUGCCGAUAAGCUGAAGGAGGUCGCUGGCGACACCAAGCGUAGUCUUAAGCAUGCUUCUCAUGUGGAUAUCAUUUACGAGAUCCUGCGCGUGCGCAAGAUGGAGGAGCGAUUUGAGCGUGGAGAAGUUGAUGCAAGCAUGGUUGUCUACGUGAUGAACCGAGGACCUAGCCCCAAGGGUGAUGAUGAGGAGGAAUCCAACGACACUGCUACUCUUCCCGUUCCGACUAUGGAAGCCCCCGAGCACAUUGAAGAAGGCCUUCUUACCCCAACAUCCUCCAUCGAGCAUGUCACCGCUCCCUUGACGACACCCAUUGACCCCUUGUCUAUGGCACCGACCAGAUCUCUUCCAACCAACUUCUCCCUCUCUCAGCCUCUCACCUUCGACGGCCCCCGACAAGAUCGUCCUUAUUACACCACGCCUCCUCAAUACACAGACUCCUUCUCCCAGCCGAUGCUAAGUACCCCCGUCACAGCCGAGAUGAUCAGCCCCCACGACGUCUCAGUCUUCGACUACUCAACCUCCCACGGCUUCCCAGCGUCAACGUCUGACCAGAAGUUCGAUGCCUGGGCUCCUACCUUCCGCCAGACUCUGUUCAGUCCUGUGGACUACAAUGCCCCGGCUGUGACACACGGCCUGCCCCAGCCCCCUUUGCACUACAUGCCCAUGGCAUCACCGGCGCAGCUUCACGAUAUGUCUCCCCCCACGCCCAGUCACCAUUGGAUCCAAUGA